UUUCAAUCAAACUUCCACAUUCAACCGCCAGCGGAAGACAGCGGAGAAGCAAGAAGUCGAAAAGCAAACAGACGACAGACAGCAGAUAUGGAUGGGCUUGUCGACAGGAGCAACCCAGACUGGGUGUCUGCGGAGCACAAGACUGGCACAACCAUCAUGGCUGUGGAGUUUGCAGACGGCGUGGUCAUUGGCGCCGAUUCCAGAACCACCACUGGCGCAUAUGUGGCCAACCGCGUCACGGACAAGCUGACGAAGCUGACCGACUACAUCUACUGCUGCCGUUCCGGUUCAGCAGCCGACACACAGGCCAUCGCCGACAUUGUGCGGUACUACCUUGAAUUGCACAGUGUGGAGAUUGACGAGGAGCCACGCGUGGGUGUUGCUGCCAGCAUAUUCCGUGAGUUCUGCUACAACAACCGCGACCAGCUCACAGCAGGCAUCAUCUGCGCCGGCUUCGACGAGCACAAGGGCGGCCAGGUGUACUCCAUCCCACUUGGCGGCCUCGUUGUCCGCCAGCCAUUUGCCAUUGGCGGGUCCGGCUCCACCUUCCUGUACGGCCACUGCGAUUCCACGUUCAAGGAGGGCAUGGCCAAGGACGAGUGCCUCACAUUUGUUCGCAACGCGCUUGCACUUGCCAUGUCGCGGGAUGGGUCCUCUGGUGGCGUGAUCCGCACCGCCGUCAUCACAAAGGACGGCGUCGAGCGCGACGUGGUCCUGGGUGAUGCGCUGCCCACGUUCUACCAAGGCUGAAGAACAUCGUCGACCCUGACAGGUCCCAAUGCGCGUCUGUCUGUCUCUGUGUUUGUGUCUAUCUGUCUGUCUGUGUGCGUGCGUGUGUGAAUGCACACCUCUACAUGUGUGUGUGUGUGUGUUUCGUUGCCUGUUUGUUGUUGGAUGCACCAUCCCAGGUGCGCCAUCCACAUUCUCCUCCAACCCCCAGCUCCAACAUCAACAACAACAACCCACCCCUCCAACAACAAAACAAAACGAACCCCAACAAUUAAAACCAUCGUUCCCGA